AUGGAUCGGCCCGGCUUCAUCGAAACACCUGGCCGUCGUGUCACCCGCAACAGCUCCGUGUUCGAUGGCAGCGAGAACGAGGUGGUCGAUUCCCCCUCCAAUGAGCGCUCGAAGUCAGCCACCCGUCGUCGCACCUCGGCCAAGGCCAAGAUCGAAGACAAUGAUACUCCGGUGAAGUCCGCGACCAAUGGCAAGGCCGUCGCGUCCAAAUCGAAGUCCAAGUCGCAGGAGUCGCAAUCCAAGUCACGCCUCGUCGACGGCUGGGAGGAAGGCCUCGACCCCAAGAUUGACUACAGCGGUCACUUUGAGUUCGGCGGCUCGCUGGGGGUUCUGUCUAUGAUGAUUGGUUUCCCAAUGCUCAUGUACUACAUGUGGAUCGGUGCUACCUAUUACGAUGGCAAAUUCCCUCGCCCCGCGGAGGGUCAGAGCUACGGCGAGUUCUUCGCGCACUUGGUCGAUCUGGUCUACACCGGUGCUUUCCCCUCAGUCAAGGCCUGGACAAUCUACUGGGUGUUCUUCAUCUUCGAGGGUGCUUGUUAUUUGCUUCUCCCCGGUGUCAGCGUGAGUGGGCGCCCAUUGCCACACAUGGGUGGCAAGCAGCUGCCCUACUACUGCUCCGCUGUGUGGUCGUUCUACACUAGCAUUGGACUUGCUCUUAUCCUGCACGUCACCGGUCUCUUCAAGUUGUACACCAUCAUUGAUGAGUUUGGACCUUUGCUCAGUGUGGCCAUCCUGUCAGGAUACAUUGUUUCUUUCAUUGCCUACUUCUCGGCUUUGGCUCGUGGUGCCGAGCACCGUAUGACCGGCUACCCAAUCUACGACUUCUUCAUGGGUGCUGAGCUCAACCCACGCAUGUUCAAGCUCCUCGAUUUCAAGAUGUUCUUUGAGGUUCGACUUCCCUGGUAUAUUCUGCUGGGUCUGUCUAUGGGCGCCGCUGCUCGCCAGUGGGAGAACUAUGGCUACGUGUCUGGUGAGGUUAUGUUCCUUGUCAUGGCUCACUUCCUUUAUGCCAACGCAUGUUCCAAGGGCGAGGAGUGCAUUGUUUCUACCUGGGACAUGUACUACGAGAAGUGGGGCUUCAUGCUUAUUUUCUGGAACUUGGCUGGUGUCCCUUUGAGUUACUGCCACUGCACUAUCUACCUGGCUAACCACGACCCCUCCGAAUACCACUGGAACCGGUACUUCCUUGCCUUCCUCUUCAUCGCUUAUCUGUUUGUCUACUGGGUCUGGGACACCACCAACAGCCAGAAGAACCGUUUCCGUCAACAGGAGCGUGGCACUAUGGUGGCCCGUAACACUUUCCCCCAGCUCCCGUGGCAGACCGUUGAGAACCCCAAGACUCUCACUGCCGAGGACGGCUCCAAGAUUCUCGUGGACGGAUGGUAUGGCAAAGCCCGCAAGAUUCACUACACGUGCGAUCUCUACUUCGCCCUGAACUGGGGCCUGAUCACUGGGUUUUCAAGCCCCUUCCCCUGGUUCUACCCAGUCUUCUUCGCCUGCAUGAUCAGCCACCGCGCUCUGCGUGACAUCCAGCGGUGUCGCACCAAGUACGGUGAGACUUGGCUCGAAUAUGAGAGACAGGUGCCUUACCUGUUCAUUCCUUACGUCUUCUAA